CACAAAGAGAGAGAUACAGAGAGAGAAAAAUUACCCACAUUGCUCUCUCUUUCUCUCUCCUUAAUUCCAUAUUCAAUUUGCCUAUUUCAAAACCCUCAUCAAAUUUCAUUUUUCUCUGAAGAAUUUGUGGAGCAAAAGGGGCAAUUUCUGUAAAAGGCAUUGCAUUUUCAUUGAUUUGUGAACCUAACAAUUUUGUAUUGUGCAGAUAUUAACUAGAGGAAGAUUCAGAAACAUGGUGUUUUGGAUUUUUGGCUAUGGGUCAUUGGUAUGGAACCCUGGAUUUGAGUAUGAUGAGAAAUUGAUUGGAUACAUUAAGGAUUAUAGGCGUGUGUUUGAUCUCGCUUGCAUCGAUCAUAGAGGUACACCUGAAAAACCUGCAAGAACCUGCACUUUGGAUGAAAGCAAAGGAUCCAUUUGUUGGGGUGCUGCUUAUUGUGUGAGAGGAGGACCUGAAAAAGAGAAGGAGGCAAUGGAGUAUUUAGAAAGAAGAGAGUGCGAGUAUGAUAGCAAGACCUUGGUGGACUUCUUCACUGAAGAAGACUCCUUACAUCCUGCCUUAACUGAAGUGAUAGUGUUUACGUCCACUCCUGACAAAGUAAACAAUAAGUAUUAUCUUGGUCCUGCUCCACUGGAAGAGAUGGCUAGGCAAAUUGCUACUGCCUCUGGUCCCUGCGGAAAUAACCAGGAAUACAUAUUCAAAAUGGAGAAGGCUUUACAUGACAUUAGUCACGAAGACGACUACAUCAUAGAACUAGCAAAUGAAGUGCGUAAAGUUCUUGGAAUCACGGAAUCUGUUCCAAAGGAGAAGAAGUUACUUAGUCCUUCCCAAAUUCCGCUCAAAUCCCACAUUUCGCCUGUGAAAAUCCUCCCCUUGCCAGAAGCUAUAGCUGCUGUUGCUGCAGACUCUUGACAAAGGAAUUGAUCUAGAGAUCUUUAGGAAGAUUAAGUCUUUUCUUCUUUUUAGAUGACCAAUCUAGUUAUCUGUUUCUUAGAAGUAUCCCUUGUGUUUUUACUUUUCCUCUAAAACUUAGACUAGGAAGCUA